AAGAUUUGGCAAUGUUUAUAAAAACGUUUGAUACUCGAUAGAUAAAGUGGGAAAGGCACAAAAAUAGAGAAUCUCUUAACUUUUUAGUAACUUUAUUAGGAAAUGAUUAGGAUCAAAAGCUGUUAGAUCGAAGUCAUUUGUUGUCUGAUUACUAUUUUCUUAUUUGUUAAUACAAAUAGUGAGAAACGAUCAAAGUGUUAUUCGAUUUUAUCGCGAAGCGCUUCGUGUGUAAACGCAUGCGCAGUUACGGUUAAUUCUGGGAAAAGCAACGAGAAUUGAAUUUGGGUGCUGUCGUUAUCGAGAGUGAUGGCAGUGAGACAUUAUGCGCGGGAAUACGCGAUACGGAUAAAAGAGAAGAACCAAGAUAGCGCAGACGACAGCGAUAAUGGAGAAUUGGAGGAUCAUUAUCCGUUAAUUCGACAUACUGAGAAAAAUCUUACGAUCUUCAAUAACGAUAUUUACAAAGGAAUCAACAAAGGAUUUCGUUCUUCCUCCAAAAAUAAUCUAAUGACGAAGAACAAGCGGACAAAUUGGCGUUGGCUGUUGGCAGGCGGCUUGGUAGCCAUUGUCGUAUUGGCCUUGGUAGUUGCCGCAGUAAUUCUUUUGACCGGCAGCCCGGAUAGCUCAACAUCAAGAACGACAAACGCGCCUGGCAUUUCCCUCGAAGAAUGGCUCGCCGGUUCGUUAUCUCCCAAGAGCUUCAACGCGACCUGGCUCAGCGAUAAUGAGAUUCUUUACCGGGACGAAAUUGGGAAUCUUCUCAUCUAUAAUGUCGAAUUGGCCUCUUCUAAGAUCAUCCUUGACAUGACCAAUUCCGCCCUCUUGUCCAGCUUUGAUCAUCAAAUAUCUGCCGAUCGGAAAUAUCUUCUACUUGCUAUUAAUUACCAUAAGCUAUACCGGCACACAUACCUGGCCCACUACAGGAUCGUGAACCUGAAGACUUUAGAUGAGACUUCAUUAGAGGCCGCUAACGAUUCCCUACCCCUACAACUUGUUACCUGGGCACCACGUGGAAAUGCUUUGAUCUAUGUUCAUCAGAAUAAUAUCUUCUAUCGACCAUCAGCUGAGAUUCCUAUUGAUUAUCAGAUUACUGACAGCGGAAUUUUCAGUACCAUUUACAAUGGAGUACCUGAUUGGGUUUACGAGGAGGAAGUAUUCAGCUCUAACAAAGCGUUAUGGUUUUCACCUAACGGCUCGAAACUGGCUUUUGGAUACUUCAAUGAUACCUUGACGCCGGUCAUGAACAUACCAUUUUAUGGAUAUCCAGGAAGUUUGACUUUCCAAUACACGUCAGCUAUACCAAUUCACUAUCCUAAGAGUGGUACGACGAAUCCUACCGUAAAAUUGUUCUACGUUGAUCUCGAGGAAGUGUUACGUGGUAACACAAGGUUAAUCGAGAUCGAGCAUCCUCCGGAAUUGUCGUCGGUGGAAAGGAUAUUGUCGGCUGUUGGUUUUCCUACCGACAAUCACGUUUACGCAACUUGGAUGAACAGAGUACAGAAUAUGGCGUACUUCCGGCUUUGCGACGUUGACAGCCACGUUCCAAAUUGUACAACGGCUUUGACCUACAUCGAAGAGAACGGUUGGGUGGAACAAUUCGAAACGCCGUUGUUCAGCAAAAAUGGCACUUCUUUCUUGUUAAUAUUACCGAGAAAGCAAGAGGAUGGUACUGACUGGAGACAUCUCGUUUUAGUUAAGAAUGCAACCAGCGGAAGUCCGAUUACGGUUUCUCUAACUUCCGGCUACUUCGUCGUGACUGAGAUAGUUUCUUGGGAUCAAGAGAAUUCGUACGUAUAUUAUCUUGCCACGUCCGAGAAUAAGACGGAACAACAACAUUUGUACAGACUGUCUCUGUCGACGACGAACGCAAAACCUAAAUGUCUCAGCUGCGACAUCCUCAGAGAAUCCGAUGGCACCCGUUGUUUGUACAAUACUGCCAAGUUCUCCACCGACAAUUCAUAUUACGUGCUAACCUGCGCUGGACCGGGUGUACCAGAAAUUUUCAUUUAUGACAGAAGUGGUAAAAAUAUAGCUACCUGGGAAGACAACAAAGGCGUUGCAGAAUUAUUGGCAUCAAAGGCUCAGCCGAUUGACCAUAGGUACAAAAUACCCGUUCCUGGUGGUUUUAAUGCCAAGGUGAGGCUUCUGAUCCCACCCGAUGCUGAUUUGAGUGGUGCCACCAAGUAUCCUAUGCUGGUUUACGUAUACGGAGGCCCGGACACAUAUCAAGUGACAGAAAAGUUCAACGUUGACUGGGGCACAUAUCUCGUGUCAAACAAGAGUAUUAUAUACGCUGCCAUCGACGGCAGGGGCUCCGGAUUAAUGGGCAACAGCAUGCUAUUCGCAGGAUACCGGAACCUUGGUACCGUUGAAAUCAUUGACCAGAUUAAUGUAACGAGGCACCUGCAGAAUAAGUUACCCUUCAUCGAUCGCACUAGAACGGCAAUUUGGGGUUGGAGUUAUGGAGGUUACGCCACCGGUAUGUCACUCGCUAUGGAUUUCAAUGGUGUCUUCAAAUGUGGUAUGUCUGUGGCUCCUGUCACGGAUUGGGCUCUUUAUGAUUCAAUAUACACCGAACGAUUCAUGGGUCUACCAGUCGGCGCUGAUAAUCUUCAAGGAUACGAAAGGGGUCAAUUGUUGAACAAAGUCGACAACAUAAAGAAUAAAAUGUAUUAUCUAAUCCAUGGUACUCUCGACGACAACGUACAUUAUCAACAAUCUCUGAUGCUAGCAAAAGUUCUCGAACAAAAGGACAUUCUUUUUAGACAACAAACGUACACCGACGAGGAUCAUGGAAUUCUACAAUCGAGAACGCAUCUCUAUCAUUCAUUGGAAAACUUUUUAGACGAAUGCUUUCAACCGUCGUCAUGAUUAAAGCACGGAACUUUACUGACAAUCUAGGCACCUUAUACACCACUUGCCUCACAGUCCAUUUGUAAAUAAUUUACCACUUGUACAUAGUUAAUGUACAAUAAUGUAAUAUGAGGUUUAGUGUACAUAAUUUGGGAAGAGAAAAAUAAGAAAUAAAUAAAGAAACUAAAAUCGUCGUUGUCGUUAUCGUCGUUGUUGACGUUUAAAUGAUAAUGAUACCGACAACGAUGUAGUUACGAAAGACAGAUUUAUGAGAAAACGUCUUUGAUACAUUUUGUAAGAAAGAAUAAAAAAAAAGAAAUCUGAAUUCAUUAGUAAAA